CAAAAGGAAAAUAUAUCGGAGCUCCGUGCAAUAACAUGAAAUGUGAGCCAAGACUUUUGCAUGUCACCUGCGAUAAAGAAACAUUAAUUUGUGGCUGUGAAAAAAAUUAUCCCGUGCAACUUGGUUUAACCACAGGUUGUGCAAAACCGAAAAAACUAGGUGAACAAUGUUUCUACGAUAAAACAUGCAAGUACAAUGAUGAAAACUCACUCUGUGUUCAGGUGCGUCAUAAUGCACUUUGCGAAUGUGCCAGUGGUUUUCAUUCCGUCAGCUAUACAAAACCCACAAAAAGGGUAUUUUGUACACAAGAUUUAAAAGAACUGACCUCAGAUUUGCCCACUUUAUUGGGUGUUAGUACAGGGAUUGCAGUUUUAGCAGGUCUUAUCUGUAUGGUGCUACAUUUAUUCAGUAAAACCAAAUAUCCAAGACAUCGGAAUUUUGGUGAUGCAAAUUUGCCACCACCUAUAAUGUAUUCAAGUGAUACAGGUAUACCAUUAACAGUGCAAUCCGGUCGACCAUCAUCUCGUUCUAGUCUACGUUCUAGUGGUUCAAUUGGUUCGUAUGGUAAUCGACGUGCAUCUUCUGCUGGCGCUACAACAGCAGGUUCAAAAGGAAUAUUAGUAUCAACAUCACGAACAGGUGCGGCAAGAUCGGCCGCCAUAUUGCUUAUAUCAUGCCACAUUUCAGCACUGUCUAAACAAAAUUCUCAAGCUACAUCGCGACAAACCUCCGGCGCUGGCUGCAGUGCUAAUUCACGCGAUAAUCUCGAUGAAAAUGGUUCAGAUGCGGGGAGUCGUAGUUGCGAUAGCACUCUCUCAAUGACGCGUCAUCUACAAAAACAAUUGAACCAUCAACGUCAUCUGCUUAGCCUUGAACUAUCACCUGCUAAAACAAAAAAUCAUGAUAGAAUUAGAGCAUUGUUGGGCAUUAAUGGAAUUGAUAAUUAUAGAACUGAUGACGAUGAUUUAAAUAAUUUAGAAAAUGGCAAUCAGCACCUACAAAUAGGUGCAGUGCCGACGCCAGCCAGCGUUACGCCUAAAUUUGCGGUAAACGAGCUCGAUAUCCUAUUUCGUUUGUUUUGUUGAUUACUCUGUGUUCAAUAUCGCAAUUUAUAUUAUUCAAAAUAUUAUUU